AGAGAAAGCGAGUCUUUCUACACAAUGGGCAAAUCCUUCCUCGCGCCAACCUUUUGGAACAACAUUAUUUUCACCCUUGUGUUUUUUAUGCCAUUGUUAGGUAAAAUCUUCCGUGUGAGAGUUUUACCAAAGGAGGCCGAUCAUUUCUUUAGAACGAUAAUUACGGAUAUUAUGGAGCAAAGAAGGAAGGAGGAGACGCGUCGACACGAUUUUAUUCAGUUGAUGGUCGAUCUGGAACGGUCAGAGGGUGAAAAAUUUGACAUGGACACGGUCAUUUCUCACGCAACGUCAUUUUUCGUCGACGGCUACGACACUACCAGCACCGCUUUAAGUUUCGUCGGUUUCAACUUGGCUACUCAUCCAGAAGUGCAGGAGAAAUUACGCGACGAGGUGAUGUCUGUGCUUAACAAAUACGAUGGUGUGAUCACUUACGACGCCUUGAAAGAUAUGAAGUACAUGGAUCAGGUAUUUAGCGAAUCACAGAGACUCCUGCCCGCUGGGGGAUUUCUGGACAAGGUUUGCACGGAGGAGACCGAUUUGAGAGGAUCCGACGGACUCGUUUGUCACGUGCCACGUGGAAUGCACAUUCUGAUACCCAUCAUGGGCUUGCAGAGAGACUCCCGAUACUGGGAGGAUCCUGAGGUGUUCGAUCCCGAAAGAUUUAGCCCGGAGAGAAAACAUAGCAUCGAGAAAUAUGCUUAUCUUCCCUUCGGCGAGGGACCGCGAAUGUGCGUGGGACAGAGAAUGGCUCAGUUACAGAUAAAAGCAUGUUUGGCUACGCUCCUGAGGAAGUACAGACUAGAGCUUUCUCCGAAGACGCGAGUACCAUUAAAGUUGACGGGUUCAACCUUCCUGAACGCUGCUGAAGGCGGCCUUUGGGCCAUCAUCCGACCGAUUUAACUACGAGAUAUUAAAAAAGAAUAUUCUUUUUUUACAUAUUUUUUUCUUGGCUUUGAUUUUCUUUAUUUACAAUUAUGUGGAUUUUUGUAGUGUUAGUUUCCGUAAAAUUAAUAUUUUUAAUAAUACCUUUCCAUUGAUUUUAAAUGAUAUUUUAACGAUAUUUUAAUGAUGAGUUGAAUUUAAAAUAUAACAAAUAUUAAUAAACGUUGAGAAAAUAUUUUAUUUAUUCAGAGAAUUAUAAGCAUUAUGGUCUCUUAUUUUUUAACUGUAUAAAUUAGACCUAAUUUUUGUUGUUAUUUCACGUUGUACUGUGACAGAAAAUUGUAAUUAGCGUGUUUUAAAUAAUUUUUUAUGUUUAGAUUAGAUAUUAUUGUAAUAAACAUGAUAAUGUUUUGAGGGCAGAUACUGUCCUGUUGAUGUAACACUUAUUGCGCAUGAUUCUGCGAUGCAAAUUAUCAAUCAUGACUCGUCAAGGUUGCGAUAUUAUUAGAACGGACGCAGGAAGAUAUUAAUGCAUAUCUAUGCUCAUGCGUUUUAAUAUUCACUGUCAGUACUGACUCUCUACAGAGUGUCCCAUUUUAAAUGACGAUCGCAGUUAUCUAUUGGACGACACAUUUUAGAGAAAAAUGUUUUAGAUAAAAGUUACAGGGUUCAAAGGGGAUGAUUUUAUUAGAUUUUGGGUCCGGGUUUCGUGUUGGGCCCAGUAGCGCUUAAGGUAUAUAUUUUUUAGUGGAAACCUUUAUUUUUUUGUAUUAUUUCUUUCUAUUAAUUAAUUUGAACAACUUUUAUCU